CAGAGCCCUGAAUGAUGUGAGAGAAGAAGACAUGAAAAUCAGGGGGCGGUCCAGCUUCCUCGCCUGAGAGCCCGGGAAACCGGCGGAACGCAGAUACGCGAGGGCCGGGAGCCGGAGGAGCCGGGCCACCGAGGACUGUACGGCAGCGGGGGAGCGGUUUGGCGGGGACACAGGGCCGUUCAGUGGCCGCCGCGAUGCUCCCCUCCUUGCAGGAAUCGCUGGAUGGGGAUGAAAAGGAGCUAGAGAGCAGCGAGGAGGGUGGCUCCGCUGAGGAGCGGAGACUCGAGCCGCCGCCCAGCAGCCACUACUGUCUCUACAGCUACCGCGGAAGCAGAUCGGCACAGCAGCGAGCGGACAGUGAUGAUGGAAGCCCAAGUGGCACAAAUGCAGAAACUCCCUCUGGUGAUGAUUUCAGCCUCUCCUUGGCGGAUACUAAUCUACCAUCUGAAUUGGAGCCAGAGCUGUGCAGUUUCAUUGCUAAGCGUCUUUCUAAGGGAGCAGUCUUUGAAGGGCUGGGUAAUGUUGCAUCUGUGGAGCUGAGAACUCCAGGUUACCGAGUUGGUUGUUAUUACUGCCUUUUCCAACAAGAAAAACUGCUUUCCCAAACAACAACAGACUCUGAACAUAACUGUUCAGAGUAUGUGGUCUGCUUUUUAGGAGGGUCUGAAAAAGGACUUGAGCUUUUCAGGCUUGAAUUGGACAAGUAUAUUCAAGGGCUGAAAAAUAACAUGAACUGUGAGGAAAGGGGUGGGGAGAACCACGUACAGUCCUACCUGAGCAGCUGGUUUGAGGAUGUUGUAUGCCCAAUCCAAAGGGUGGUUCAUCUCUUUCAGGAGCAGCUUACCUUUCUGCUACAUGCUGCUCUGAGUUAUACUCCUGUUGAGGUUAAAGAAUCAGAUGAAAAAACAAAGAGAGACAUUCACAGGUUUCUGAGUGUGGCCAGUCUCCAAGGCCUGAUUCACGAAGGCACCAUGACGUCUUUGUGCAUGGCCAUGACGGAGGGGCAGCAUAAGUCUGUGAUCAUCGAUUGUAGUAGCUCCCAGCCUCAGUUCCACAACGCAGGAAGCAAUCGGUUUUGUGAGGAUUGGAUGCAGGCUUUUUUGAAUGGUGCUGAAGGAGGUAACCCUUUUCUUUUUCGACAAGUCCUGGAGAACUUUAAACUAAAGAUGAAGAUGCUGGAGUUUUUAAACAGAGUGUUAAAAAAGAAACAAAGUACAUAAAUUUUACAAGCAAAUGUAACAGAGAUUCUUCAUGUCAGGGUUAAUCACUGCUUUUAGUUUUUUGUACAUUUGUUGCAAGCCUUACAUUUUUUUAUUCUGAAUCAAUUGAAAGUGUUCUCAGAGCCAUUUAUAAUUCCCAUGGAAGCCAACUGUAGCUACACAUAUAUGACUGCAGUUUGUUCUGCUUAGCUCUUUAAUAAAUCCAUUUGAUAAUGAUUUUUGUUUAGAAGAUCAGAAGUCUUGUGUUCUCACUGCCCUCAGGAUGCUCAGAGGAACACAAGCCCAUAAAAAUCCUCUCCUACACUCAUCUAAAUUCACAUUAAGUGCUGAGUUUUAACUUUCCAAAUGACUGACAAUGGCCUUCUGCUUUCUCUUAUACAGAAGUCUAGAGACAUGACUCACUGAGCCAUUUCUUUUCUUUAAUGAGAAAUACAAUUCAGGAUCCUCAUAAAGGCUUUCAUAUGGUUUUAAACUUUAAUAACUUGGAUCAUAGUCAGUGUAGAAAAAAAAAUCCAAGUAGCAUCUUUUUUAUAGCAUUAAAUUCAGAAUGACUAUGGAAAACAAGCAAUUUUAUGGCACAGCCCUUGAAUCUUUUUCAAUGUAGGGUUGCCCACUUGGAAAUCAAAUUUUUAAAUAAACAGUGUUAAGACAUCAACAUUUUGAGUCUGAAAAACAUAUUUUUCAUUUUCAAAUUCACAUAUCAUUCAAGAGCCCAUGUUGUAAAUAGCAUUUAAAAGCAAAUGUAUUACCUGCUUCAGGUCAUUUAUGGAUAGAGUCAAGGCAUAAUUACAUAUUCUUUAUAUGUACUUUUAUAUUUACUUUUUGUAAUGUAAGCUCACUACAUUACACAGUUAUAUAUAAAACAGUCUUAUUUUAAAAGUGUAUGAUAAACUGUAUAUCACUACUGUAGACAAGGAAAAUAGUGACAUGGAGUUGAAUAUCUCGUGGGCCAUGAGAGGAAACUCAAAGAGCUCAUGACCAAAAACAUGUACUGUAUUCAAAUUUUAAUAAGCUAAUAUAUUAACUUUUAAAGUUUUAAAAAGCAUUUGUUCAAGUGUGGAAUACAUUAUGUAUUAUUUGUGUGCUAUACACAGGAAAUGUAUGUUUGUCACAUAUCAAAAAUGGUCUCAAUUUAUCUGUAAUUAUAUUUAUAAUAAUAAUAAUAAAACAGCUUAGCUUCUCACCAGCACAGUCAUUUUUAUUCAGUGAGCUCAAUUCUCCAGCCUGAC